GGCGCGAUCGCCGGCAGAGCAGCGUCUCCCUAGUCGCGUUUCCUUUCUAACCACAUCCGACUGUCAGCAAGGCGUGGAGGGGGACGGAGCGAGGAGGGCGGUUGUUUCUUGGGUGUCUCCUGCAUCUCGCGCGGCUGUCGUGGUGGUGAAGCCAACAUGGAUUUGGAGAGCAAAAUGAAGAAGAUGGGCUUGGGACAUGAAGAAGGAUUUGGAGCCCCAUGCCUGAAAUGCAAAGAUAAAUGUGAAGGAUUUGAGCUACACUUCUGGAGAAAAAUAUGCCGAAAUUGCAAAUGCGGACAAGAGGAACAUGAUGUUCCCACGAGCAAUGAGGAUGACCGUAAAGUGGGGAAGCUCUUUGAGGAUACGAAAUAUACGACCCUUAUUGCAAAGCUGAAAUCGGAUGGGAUCCCAAUGUACAAGCGCAAUGUAAUGAUCUUGACUAAUCCCAUAGCGGCCAAAAAGAAUGUGUCCAUCGAUACCGUAACUUACGAAUGGGCGCCUCCUGUUCAGAAUCAAACCCUGGCAAGGCACUAUAUGCAGAUGCUUCCGAAGGAGAAGCAGCCGGUGGCCGGCUCGGAAGGGGCUCAGUACAGGAAGAAGCAGUUGGCCAAGCAGCUGCCCGCUCACGAUCAGGAUCCUUCCAAAUGCCACGAGCUGACGCCGAACGAGGUGAAGCAGAUGGAGCAAUUUGUGAAGAAGUACAAGAACGAGGCGCUGGGAGUGGGCGACGUCAAGCUCCCCAGUGAUGUGGAAGCCAAAGCCGGGGAGAAGAAUGUCCCGAGUAACGGAGAGAGGGGCACCUCAGCCACGGUUAGAGCCAUGGAAGGCAACCUAGCGGGCCAAAAGGGAUCCCAAUAUUUCUGUUUCCGGUGCAAACUGAACAUGAAAGAAGGUGACCCAGCUGUCUAUGCUGAGCGGGCUGGUUAUGACAAACUCUGGCACCCUGUUUGCUUUGUCUGCUGUACUUGCAGUGAGCUCCUGGUAGACAUGAUCUACUUCUGGAAGAACGGAAAACUAUACUGUGGCCGACACUACUGUGACAGUGAGAAACCCCGUUGUGCUGGAUGUGACGAGCUUAUAUUCAGCAAUGAGUACACCCAGGCCGAAGGUCAAAGCUGGCAUCUGAAACACUUCUGCUGUUUUGAUUGUGAUUGUGUCUUGGCCGGGGAGAUCUAUGUCAUGGUAAACGAAAAGCCUGUCUGCAAACCGUGCUAUGUGAAGAACCAUGCUGUGGUCUGCCAAGGGUGCCACAAUGCCAUUGACCCAGAAGUUCAACGUGUGAGUUACAACAACUUCAAUUGGCAUGCUACCACGGAGUGCUUUCUGUGUUCCUGUUGCAGCAAGUGUCUCAUUGGCCAGAAGUUUAUGCCGGUAGAAGGAAUGGUUUUCUGCUCAGUGGAAUGUAAGAAGAAGAUGAUGUCCUAAUGGGAAGGACACUACAUUGAAACCAAGCUCCGCCUUAUUCCAAAGUCCUCUGCAUUUCUACUGUAUUGGGGCAUUUUUGACAACAACGAAAGUGUUACACGGCAAAUUCCAAAGAUUUUUACAUUACUAACUUGAUUGCUUGUGAUUUAAGCUCUUAAGCAUGUCUGUAUUCUUACUGCUUUUGAUUGCUUGCUGCAAACCUUUCUCAAAUGUAAGGCGCCUGGUAGUCAUCAUGUAUUUCAAGGACUGUAUGUCUUCAUUUUUUAAAUGCAUAUUUCUAAACAGACUUAGGAAAAACAAAAUUCUGGCUGGGUACAUUGUAAUCCAUGUGCAUUAAAUCAUGGGAGGGGGACUUGUGACCCUCGAGACAUUGGACUAUAAAUCCCACCAUCCCUCACCUUUGGCCAUCUGGCUGGGGCUAAUGGGAGUUGUUGUUCAAUAACAUCUGCUGGGCCUUAGGUUCCACAACCUAACAGACAACAUGGUGCUGGACUGUAUCAUAUUAGCUGGUGGUGGGGGCCGGGGGCAGUCAACAUUUAGUAGAUUCUUGUACUUAAAUGCAAAUGCUAAUUUAACAUAUCGGGAAGAAUGGUAAGCUAGAGCCUUCUUGCUGACAUGCUAGUUUGAUAUGCACAGGGAGAUUUUAAACUGUGAAGUAACAUUCAAACAUUUGAGUAACUCACCUUUAGUCGAAUGUGGCACAGUUCAGCCAUGGACAACUUGCUUUGGCCUGCUGAUUGUAUACAGUAGACAUAAUUAGGGUGAUUUUUCUAAAGCCUUCUGAGCAUUUUAGGCCAGACUCCUAAAGGCUGGGGUGUAGCCUUUAACGUUUACGUUAACAAAACCUUUCUUUGUUAAUUCUAAAAAAAAAUGCUUUGGGACAUAGAAUGUGAGUGGAUGCCUGUUGAACUGAAGUGUUUUUUCAAACAAUAUAGAUGCCUCUUUCUGUCCUUGUAUUCUUCCUGUCAGGUUUAUUACUCAGUGUGCUUGGUUUGCCUCUGUCAACGUUUUGUCCAAAAUAAUAGGCAAUAUGAAGUAUUCAAUUUGCCCACACCCUUAUACAGGAAUGAACUUGCUAAUACAAACAAGCAGCCACCUUUUUCUAGGUUGGCAAACUUUAUUUCUCCUGGUUUGCAAAUAAUCCUCUCCUGUACAUACUUUGCAAUAGGGCUGCACACCAUACAGUUGGCUGUAAGUUAGACCCAAAACAAAAGCCCCAUCUGGGCCUUGAACCACAUGCGAUGCACAUCGUGUGAAGGAGGAGAGCAGGUCUCUGCCACUUCCUCCACAUCAUGUGGGGGGCUUAUUUGAGUAGAGUGGGCUUCUCGCUGUAGAAUUUUGCCCAGAAAGAUGUGUACAUAGGAAUCUAGGAAGCUGCCUUAAUACGGAGUCAGACCAUUUGGCCCAUCUAGCUGGGUAUUCUUGACACUGACUUGCAGUCCAGGGUUACAGGCAGGAGUUUUUGCACCCCUACCUGAAGGUGCCGGGUACAGGACCUGCAGCCUUCUGCAUCCAAAGCAUGUGCUCUACCCCUAACCUAUGGUCCCACCUGUAGAGCUGAGGAGGUAGGCAUGGCAACGUGAUAGAGGAGUGAGGCUAACAGGCACAUCCCUGCUCUCCAUCCCCACACACUUCAGUUUAAAUGACUGAAUCAGACUCAGGAUUUGGGUGAAACACUGUUAAAAGCCAAGUAUCUAGUGCAGCCUUCCCCAACUAGGGAUGCCUGUUGUUUGUAAAUCUGGCCCUUUGGGGGCCUGACACAUUCACAAGCUCUGGAGUUUUCCCAAAAUCUAGUGACUUUUUCAGUUUUUUCUUCUAGUAAAUAGAAAAUAAGCAAAUUAUGUCCACAGUUUUUGCAAAUUACAACUGCAGUGUACACAACUUUGUGUGUAAGGGGCAGUGGGGUGGGGGGACACCAGGCAAUCUGCGAGCUGGCCCAAGUCGAAAGAGAUCAAGUCAGGCCAGUUUGUGGGAAAGGGAGCCAAAGUCUGUGGGGCGGGGGGAGAAGCUGAUGAAAGCUCAGUGAACUCCACCCCCACCCCCCAGACACAUUCCUCCAACAUGCCUAUCCCCAAUCUGUUGACUUUCUGAUGUGAUGGCAUUUAAUACAUGAUGGGACUUGUAGGCCAACACAUUGGGAGGGCACCAAGUUCAAGAAGGCAGAUCUAGAAGAACAUCUACCAUCAGAAAUCAAGGCAGUGUGUUCCGGAGGUUGUAUAUUAAUUACGGCACAAUUCCAGUUUUUCGAACUCAUUUCCCAAUCACCACCCUUAAGAGGCCUGGAAAUAACUAGGGAUGUGUUGGAAAGGACGGUAGCUCUCUGAUGGAGCCAUCCCAUGGAGAAGGUUACAGAUUCAAUCCUGGCAUCUCUAGCUAGGGCUGCAAAAACUCCUGCCUGAAACCCUGGCAAGCCACUGUCAAGUCUCUAUAGAAAGUACUCCGCUAGAUGGACUAAUGGUCUGACUUUGUGUAAGGCAGCUUGUUCUAUGUCCUUAGGAAGCAAUACAGUGGCAUGCUGGUAUUUCUUUAUGAUGAAUGUAAGAAGGUACACAAAGGAAUGAAAAAGAAUAAACCUAUUGGCUUUGUAAACUAUGCAAACUCUUUCAAUUCAGCUCUUCUAAGACUAAAGAGAUCUGUAUACCUCUGAUUAAAUACUCUCAAAUAAAACC